UCACUAUUAUCAUUAUCAGUUAAAAUUUCAGUGGGUAGAGAUGCGAUUUUGACAGAUAAACUCGGAUUUUUAAAUAGAUUUGAUUUUUUCAUGGGAAGUGUUGACGUAUUCUUUGGCUAUACAUUCACAUACGAGAGGGUUGAGAUUCUACGGGGGCAAAUUAUAAUCGGGGAGUUACAUAAGUUUUUGGAUCCGAUAAGAAAAUGAAAUUCCGGUUCCUCGGGGACGGCGAUUGCCCAGACUGGCUGCUGGCGGAAAUAAACACCCUUUCGAGAAUGACUUCCAUCAAGAUGAAAGUCCUCGGGCAACUCGUUGCCAAAUAUCUUACCGAAGGGUAUCUCGACGAAGACAGAGUGAAAAAAUUGACUCAGGACGCUAAACUGGAAACCGGAGAUGCGAAGGCCAUGAUUGCUGCUUUGGAUUUGAUCUUUUCGUCAUCAACGAGCCAUGCGGUUUCCGCGACGGAUUUAAGCAGCGAACUUCAGCAGCUUGGAUUACCUCGAGAACAUAGCACGACACUUUCUCGUUUGUACACCGAAUUCAGCCCACAAAUAAAUGCAACGUUAUCAUCCCAAUCCCUCAGAUUAAAGCGUCUAUCUUCGAUUGAGACAAUUGAGAAGGAAAGUGGCUCGCCAUUUGUGAAAAUGGGUCUCAAAGUUUCGAACGUUGACGGAACGGAAGAGCAAACUAACGUCACAAUACCCAAGGAUGAAAUACCCGUCUUGCUUUCAGAAUUGAAAAGAGCGAGAUCUCUGAUGGAGGGAUUGUAAAAAUUAAACAAAAAUGUCCAGGCUCCUUUCUGUAUAUCACCGAAAUUGUAUAAGUUGAAAAUAAAGAUUAUAUGUAUCAUAAAA